AUGCACAUCGCGUCUUUAUUGAGUGCCGGGUCGGCGCUGGCUGUGCUUGCCAGCGCUUCAGUGCCCGUCAAGAGAGAUGCAGCUUCUUCAAUCUGGAGUCAGAUUGAGAAUACUACGACAUGUUCAGGUUGCCAGACUCUUCUGAUUACUCUUCAGGGGCUGGCACAUCUGGGCAAUGCUCAGUUUACCAGUGUCAUCACUGACGUGUGUAUCAAGGCCGGUGUUGAAGAUCCAGACGUAUGCAGAGGCGCAAUCGGCCUCGAAGGGCCCAUUCUGGCUCACGACCUACGUCAAAUGACCGUUGGAUCUCACACUGCUCAACUCUUUUGUAACACUGUGUUCGGACUUUGUCCCUUCCCCUCGGUAACCACCUACAACGUGCCAUUCCCGUCACCCAAACCAGCAACUAGCCGACCUGCUGUCAGCGGCAAGACUCCUAUUGAAGUUGUGCAUUACAGUGACAUUCACGUCGAUCUCUCCUAUGAGACUGGAGCCAAUUACAACUGCACAAAGAAUAUCUGCUGCCGGCCAUAUACUAGUGCAGAUGCCCCGGGAAAUACUUCUUAUCCCGCUGGGCCUUUUGGAAACCACGCAUGCGACUCUCCAGCCUCGCUUGAGGAGAGCAUGUACGCUGCUAUUCAGGAGAUUGCGCCUAACGCCGCUUUCACUUUGUUCACUGGUGAUGUCGUUGAGGGUGCCGUGUGGCUAGUCAACGAGACCGAGGUUACCAAUGACCUUCAGAGCGCGUAUUCGAAGAUGACAGCGUUGGGUAAAGUCUAUGGUACUGUUGGAAACCACGACGUCGCUCCUGUGAACUCCUUCCCUCCUGCAGCUGUUGUUACAACAAUCAGCAGCCAAUGGGUCUACGAUACCCUCUCAAGCCUCUGGCAAACAUGGAUAGGCUCAGCGGCAUCCGCAACAGCUGACAAAAACCCCGGCUCAUACUCCGUCGUCCACCCCGGAAGCAAUCUGCGCAUCAUCUCAAUCAACACAAACAUGUACUACAAACAGAACUUUUGGCUCUACGAAGCUAAAAUGGAGACAGAUCCUAGCGGUCAGCUCGCCUGGUUAGUGAAUGAGCUUCAAGCUGCUGAAGAUGCUGGGCAACGUGCCUACAUCAUUGGUCAUAUGCCGAUGGGGUCCGGGGAUACUUUCCAUGAUGGAUCAAACUACUUUGAUCAGAUUGUAAAUCGCUAUGCUGCUACUAUUGCUGCUCUUUUCUUCGGCCAUACACACAAAGACCAGUUUCAGAUUAGCUACACCGAUUACACUGCUCAGUCUGCCGCCAACGCCGUCGAAGUCUCCUAUAUCGCCCCUGCCUUGACACCAACCAGUGGCAUGCCCGCCUUCCGCGUGUAUUCAGUUGACCCCGAUACUUUCGCCGUUCUCGACAUCACAACCUACAUCGCCGACAUGUCAGACCCGAGCUAUCAAACCGCCGGCCCAACAUGGACGAAAUACUACAGCGUCAAGGAGGCCUAUGGUCCAUUGGUGACGCCGCCACUUACGGAUGCUUCUGCAGAACUGACACCGGCUUUCUGGCACAAGCUGACGGAAGUGUUCAGCUCUAACCAGACUGCCUUUGAUGAGUAUCAUGUUCGCAAGACUCGAGGCUAUGAUCUGAGUUCAUGCACAGGUACCUGUGCAACGCAAGAUAUCUGCCAAUUGCGUGCUGCCCAGGCGCAGUAUAACUGCGUUACUGUCUCUCCGGGUGUCCACUUCAAGAGGGAUGAUGUCGAGACCGAUGUUGCCCAUGGAGCGCACGGUGACAGCUGCGAAGGCAGUCCGGCUAAGAGCAUUCUCAACGCUUUGAUGACCAACGAGAACUUGAGAGAGGAGAUCGAGACCAAAACUGCUGAGUUGGCUAAGAGGAGGAUGAAGUAG